CUAUGAAGGAGUCGCCAAGAAGCCCAAAAAGAGAAUUAAAGGGAACCGGAUGAGGAAGACGAUUUGUGGGCCCGAAAGAGAUGGUCUUGGGGCGUCCACUGCCGCUACUCCUCUGUCCCUCUCUCGGACCAGACAGCUGAGACUCCGCAGGAGGAGGCCCAGGCCUGCGACGUAAAAGGAGAAUAAAGUUUACGACUAGAUCUUUCUGUUUCUCUUCUAACGUGGGCCUGGAAGAAGGUCGGGAAAACUCAGUUUCCUCCCGAGGCCCCACCUUGGCCCAUCCCUUAGUGGGGAAAACCACGGCUGCUUGGCCACGCCCCUGCCGCUCUGCGUCGCCGUCGUGUGGGCGGGACUUCCUCUCCCGGCCCUGCCGUUUCCGACGUCGCCCGGAAGUCGAGUGCCGGUCUCUUUGUUCCUUUUGCAUCGGUCGGCCCCUGGGCUGUUCUGCCUAGGCGGCCCCUAGGACUUCCGGCGGGCCUUCAGCGAAGUGCGCGUUGGGGGUCCCCUCGCCCUCAUAUCUCGUGGUUUGCCCAGCUCCUGCGCCGUUUUCCCGCUAGGCCGCUCUGCUCCGCACGCAGCCGCGUUCUGCCCAUGGCGGGGGCCUCCCCGACCACAGCCUUCGGGCAGGUGGUGAUUGGCCCGCCAGGCUCGGGGAAGACCACGUACUGCCUGGGCAUGAGUGAGUUCCUGCGCUCUCUGGGCCGGCGCGUGGCCGUGGUGAAUCUGGACCCGGCUAACGAGGGGCUACCGUACGAGUGCGCUGUGGAUGUGGGAGAGCUGGUGGGGCUGGCUGACGUGAUGGACGCCCUGCAGCUUGGGCCCAAUGGCGGCCUGCUUUACUGCAUGGAAUACCUGGAGGCCAACCUGGACUGGCUGCGUGCCAAGCUCAGCCCCCUCCGCGACCACUACUUCCUCUUCGACUGCCCCGGCCAGGUGGAGCUCUGCACACACCACGGCGCCCUGCGCAGCAUCUUCUCGCAGAUGGCGCAGUGGGACCUCAGGCUGACUGCCGUCCACCUUGUGGAUUCUCAUUACUGCACAGACCCAGCCAAGUUCAUUUCAGUACUGUGUACCUCCUUGGCCACCAUGCUGCAUGUGGAGCUGCCCCAUGUCAACCUCCUCUCCAAGAUGGAUCUCAUUGAACACUAUGGGAAGCUGGCCUUCAACCUGGACUAUUACACAGAGGUCCUGGACCUCUCCUACCUGCUUGACCACCUUACCUCCGACCCAUUCUUCUGCCACUACCGCCGGCUCAACGAGAAACUGGUGCAGCUCAUUGAAGACUAUAGCCUGGUCUCCUUCAUUCCUCUAAACAUCCAGGACAAGGAGAGCAUCCAGCGAGUGCUGCAGGCUGCGGAUAAAGCCAAUGGCUACUGCUUCGGAGUCCAAGAGCAGCGAAGUCUGGAGGCCAUGAUGUCUGCUGCAGUGGGAGCCGACUUCCAUUUCUCCUCCACUCUGGGCAUCCAGGAGAAGUACCUGACACCCUCGGACCAGUCAGUGGAGCAGGAAGCCAUGCAGCUGUAGCCACAGGCUGGGCCCUGAGAGCAAGACUCAUCACCACAGCUCUGGGGAAAGUGGAGGCUCCCAGUGGGCGGCAGACGGCUCAGCAGACUGCAGAACCAAGAGCAGGUCCUCCCAGCCAGACCUUGGAGGCUGGCGAGAAGACAGCUCUGUAAAGGACUGCUCUUAGGAAAAGCCAAACAUGGUGUCAAACAGCACCGAGCAGAGCACCCACCCACAUCCUUGGUGCUCAUGAGCUCUGGGCCCUGCCACCAGGUACAUGGAGCACUGGCCCUACUCAGGCAAUGAUGGAAUGUGCUUUACUACAAGAGUUUAUUUUCUACUCACUGUGGCUUCCAAACUUUCUUUAACCAUCCAGGCGUAGGGGGUCGGGACAGAACAAAGAAUGUCUCUCUCUUCCCUCCAGUGGCUGCCUCUUCACCAGAGUCUGUUUCUUCCUAUAGGGCAGGCAGUGUUUCCCAGAAAACAGCAUCAUACUAGACGAUCGACACUCAGUUUCCAGUCUUGUGCUUUUCUUAAUCAGUUUUAACAGGGAGCCAGCCUCAAGCUUGAGCACUCACAGGCAGCACUUUCUAGCUAGAUUUUAAACACAUUGUUUUAUUUUCAUUGUAUUUAUUUUAUAGUUUUUUUCUAUUUUUGGCAAGUGUUACUAGUUUUCCAUUUAUAGUAGUGAUUAAAAGCUUACUUUAAAAUGAAAUUAUUUAUAUAAUGUGAGUUUAUUUAAAGAAGAAAUAUUAAGUAUAUAAUAUGACAGUUUUAUGAGAGUAUAGUAAAAAUUGUCCAGAUGGCUUAAGUUGAAAAAUACUGGAGCUGGCUUCCUCUGGUCUUGCAUCUGGUUGAGUGCAGGUCAUAUUUUCUGCCAAUAGGUGGCAGCCCAGGCUCACUUUUGCAGUUGUAGCCUGGCGGCAGAGGGUGACAGAUGGACUAGGGAAGGCUGUUGUCCCAAGUCUUCUUUGCAGAUAUUCGGGCCUGUUAACACAUGAAGGGCUUGGCAUUUUAUGAGGUGCUUUCACACACAUGGUCCUCAUGUGGUUCUCACAGCAGCCCCUAGAGAUACACAAGAUAGGGACUGUUACCAAGCCCAGUUUUAUAGUGAGGAGACAGAUGAGUUAGAACUUCGAUCAGCCUGGCCGUCCCCUGGCCCACUCUGCUGACUUCCUAAUUGCAAGUGUCCCUCCUUUGAUACGCUUGCUGGUGAAAAGUCCCAGUUCUUAUCCCCAAGAUUCUGUAGCCAACCAGGAGAAAGAAUCUAGGCAUCUGGGAAGCAUGGCUGCAUUCAGUCAAGAGGAAGAUCAUUCACUGGUGGUUUGGGCACUUGGAGAAUUCAGUUUAGUAAAAUCUGUUCUGAAGUGGCAUUGGGGUGGGGGUGACAGCUUUGCCUCCCAGUUUCGGAAGCCAGAGCACAAGGCAGAAGAGUGAAGGGGCUCUGAGGAGGCUCCUGCGCCCGGAACAGUAUAAAAGCCGCGACCUCAGCUCCCACGCCUGGCUGUACGGGGGAUAAUAACUGGGGUGCUGUCCCCAUAGCCUCUUUCAUCUGAGUUCAAAGCACGUCAGCCCUAUUAACGCCCCGCACAGUAGGUGGAGAGUGUCAACAGAGCAAGCCCGGGAAACUGAGGCCAAGAGGUGCAGCCUGGGGCUGGCUGUGAGUCAUUUAUGGAGCCUGGAGCCCAGGAAUCCUGACGCCCAGACUGCUGGACAAAUCCUUCAUCAGCUAGGGUGUGAGGUGGGUGCUGUGGUCACAGAUUUUGAUGUGCACCCCUCACCGAGGCCCUCGCUCUCACCAAAGCAAAGCAGGCGUGGGGACUAGACGGCGUCAGUAGAGCUUUAUGACCUUGUAUCCAAGCAUCCUCAGCAUUUAUUCUCUGCAGUCAUGGAGUGGAGAAGAAUGGGAAUAGUCCACAACAUUAUUUUCAGGCCUUAGUGUGACAACAGGGUGUUUCCUUCUCUGGUAAAUAGCUUCCGUUUGCCUCCCACUGAUAUCAAAGUAGAUUUCUGUUCACUUGUGCAUACACCUACAUGAUGGGGAGGGAACGGCACAAUGCAGGAGGGAGAAAGGGCUGGGUUCCUGGCGAAGCCUGUUUAGGCUGAGACAUGGGGGGUGAAAGACCAUCUUCCAACAUGGCCACCACAGGGCAACCAUUCUGAAGGUUUCUUUUUGUUUUGGAAAUUGAAGAGAAAACUAUAAGUCAUACAUAAUACCAUGACACAGAAAUAAUCACUAAUAUUUGUAACCUCUAAUGUACUUUUAUAUAUAUAAAUACAUAGCCUACUUCCUUGUUUUAUUUUUCUGUACAUAUGUAGGGAUACAGGAUAUAUAUGUGGGAUAUUUUAUAAUUACUUCGUGAUUUGCUUUUUUCAGUUAAUAUGGUAUGCAAUUAAAAAUAUAAAGACUUAAAAUUGGCAUAAUAAAACCUAUUAAGAAAACAUUCUGCAUCCCACUUUGAAGAGUGGUGUCUGGGGUCUUAAACGCUAGCGAGCAGCCAUCUAAGAUGCAUCAACUGGUCUCAACCCACCUGGAUCAGAGGAGAAUGAAGAACACCAAGGACACAAGGCGAUUACUAGCCCAAGAGACAGAAAGGGCCACAACCACAUGAACCAGUGACUGCAUCAUCCUGAGACCAGAAUUAGAUGGUGCCUGGCUACAACUGAUGACUGCCCUGACAGGGAACACAACAGAGAACCCCUGAGGGAGCAGGAGAGCAGUGGGAUGCAGACCCCAAAUUCUCAUAAGACCAGACUUAAUGGUCUGGGACUAGAAGGACCCUGGUGGUCAUGGCCCCCAGACCUUCUGUUGGCCCAGGACAGGAACCAUUCCGGAAGCCAACUCUUCAGACAGGAAUUGGACUGAACAAUGGGUUGGAGAGGGAUGCUGGUGAGGAGUGAGCUUCUUGGAUCAGGUGGACACUUGAGACUAUGUUGGCAUCUCCUGCCUGGAAGGGAGAUGAGAGGGUGGAGGGGGUUAGAAGCUGGCGAAAUGGACACGAAAAGAGAGUGGAGGGAGAGAGUGGGCUGUCUCAUUAGGGGGAGAGUAAUUGGGAGUAUGUAGCAAGGUGUGUAUGGGUUUUUGUGGGAGAGACUGAAUUUGUAAACUUUCACUUAAAGCACAAUAAAAAUUAUUUUAAAAAAGUAUAAAGACUUAGACAAAAGCAGAUUAGUGGUAACCAGGAAC